GACUACACUUCUGAUUGGGUGAUAGAGGAGCCCUCGCAUACAGGGACAGAAUUUUCGCUCACCGUUUGCAGAUGUGUUUACUAUAAAUACAUGAAAACUGAACCACUAUCGUAAAUUGCAACACCAUUCAAAGGAUCAAAAUGGGAACCUUGCAAGAACCCAGUGCUUUGACAGCCAGACUGCAGAACACUCUCAUGUCUUACCAUAGCCUGGAUGAGAAUGAGUGGAGGGUAGCCAAGAAAUCGAAAGAUGUCACGGUAUGGAGAAAGUCAUCAGAGGAGUUUCGUGGCUAUCUGUAUAAAGCCCAGGGUAUGGUCGACGAUAACCCCAAUAGAAUAGUGGAUUACAUACGCCCUGGGCCUUAUCGAUUAGACUGGGAUAGUUUGAUGACAGCAAUGGACAUAAUAGAAACCCUUGAUCAGGGCUGUUGUGUGAUGAGGUACACUACUGCAGGCCAGCUGUGGAACAUCAUAGCUCCCAGAGAGUUUAUUGAUUUCUCCUACACCACAGACUACCAGGAUGGACUAUUGUCCUGCGGUAUCAGUGUGGAGCAUGAGGAGCAGCACCAGAGUUAUGUCCGGGGCUUCAACCACCCAUGUGGCUGGUUCUGUGUGCCCACCUCAGAUAGCACCACCACCCCAGCCCAGAGCCUCCUGACAGGGUACAUUCAGACAGACCUACGGGGUAUGAUCCCCCAAUCUGCCGUGGACACAGCCAUGGCCAGCACCCUCAUCAACUUCUACACUGACCUGCGCAGGGCUCUGAAGAAGGCCUAACCAGUACUAGCCCGGUUGCCAGAUUGGUUUAUGCUUUAGCCAACUCUCUCGUAUUUGUUGUUAUACUGAAUGUAUGGGAUGGCAAGGGAAGUAAGAGGGGUUGGCUAAAACAAGUUCAAAUCUGGCGACUAGGCUAAACCAGUACAUCCUAACAGCACUCCUUUUUCAAUACACCAGUCGAUUGAUCAGUCAGUCUAUACUCCACCCUCAUAGAGGGCUAUAGAGAUCCAACUCCAAUUCACACCAACUCAGGGCAGGAUCCAGUUUAGGUUGAAACAGGGUAGGAGUUAAAGGACAUGUUCUGACCUGGUCUGCUGCUCACUGGACUUUGGAGUUGUGACGUGUUAUUUGUCUGCCCUUUAAAUCAUUAUAUAAUACUGAAAAUUGCUACGAGAUUAAAGUAGUACACAAAUACUGAAGCACUUGAUCAAAGUCGAUGUUUGCCUUUUUUGUUGAUCUCUUUUGCUGAUUUCGGACAAACAUCGAACAUACCCAACAAAUGUAAUCGUUGGUUGUUGAUAGAUUUAAAACAUCUAGGUAGACAGACAGCCAAUACAAUCAAUCCAAUGUUGCUUUUAGUUGAAGUUACAUGUGAAAGUGUUUGCAGGACUACACAUUGGAAUUUGACUGGUGUGUCACACCCUGAUCUGUUUCACCUGUCCUUAUGCUUGUCUCCACCCCCCUCCAGGUGUCACCCAUCUUCGCUAUUAUCCCUGUGUAUUUAUACCUGCGUUCUCUGUCUGUUUGUUGCCAGUUGGUCUUGUUAGUUCAAGUUUAUCAGCGAUUUUCCUGGCAGCGCCUAUCGUUUCCCAGGCUCUCUUUCCUCGUCAUCCUGGUUUUUUACCUUUGCCUGUCUUGACCCUUUAUCCGCCCGUCUGACCUCUCUGCCUAAGCCUGCCUGUCUUCCUGUACCUUUGCUCCACCUCUGGAUUACUGAACUCUGCCUGUCCCUGACCCUGAGUCCGCCUGCCGUCCUGUACCUUUGCUCCACCUCUGGAUUACUGAACUCUGCCUGUCC